AGAAGCAGAUUUUUAAGGUUUGCAGCUAAUGCAAAGCGAUGUCUGUAGGCAGACUUUGUGCAGAUCAGAAACAAAGCCAGGAAGACCUUUCUGUUUAUUCACUGAUAACUUCUGGAACUUUAAUCUAUCUUGACCGCAGCUUGUGAAGAAUGUCUUUCAGAUAACAUUUUUACUGAUUCACCCACUGAUUCAUGAACAUAAGAAACACUGUCUAUGAGGAGAAACCGAUGUAAGAUGUGACUGACAAUUAGGAAAAGUCUUCACAGUUCAGAGGUGAUGCAGGUUCAAGAAAGGCAAAGACUUACACCUGUCUCUGGUGUUUUCUGCCAUCCGGAGGAGCUAAAGUAAAAGCUGGAUCAGGUUGCCUCUGCGUGUCCUGGUUACAUCUCCUCCACCGUUUCGGCUGUUUCACCAGCUUAGAGUUUCACUCUUAUCAGCUGGCUCACAUGUCCGGCUGCUGACUACGUUCCUGACUCCCAGAGGUGCUCUCGCUGAGGCAAAGCAACAAACAGAUUGAGGAUCAGUUUAAUCUGUAGCAGAAUCUUAUCGGGACAACUGGCAGACAGGAAACACUCCUGAUGAGGAAACAGGAGCAGAGAUGACUCCAGGGGGCUGUGCAGGGUUUCCGACCUCUCCUGACACUAGAUAGAUGAAAACUAGACUCGACGAGAUAGACAGACCCCAUAGAAGAUCAGUCUGUAGUGAUUUGCCGUUGCAUGAGUAUUUCUCCAUGCGGUCUGUCUAAAACAAAAACAAUGUCUUUGCCCAACUCAGAGAACAACUCCACCCUGGAGAACGCCAUGCAGCUCAUGAUCCAGACCUUCCAUAAGUACUCUGGAAACGAGGGCGACAAAUACACACUGAGCCGGGCCGAGCUCAAAGAGAUGCUAACCACAGAGCUGGGCAACUACCUGGGGAAUGCCCAGGACAAGGAGGCAGUGGAUAAGGUUAUGGGAGACCUGGAUUGCAACAAUGAUGGGGAGGUAGACUUCACCGAGUUCAUCAUACUGGUCGGAGCUCUUACUGUGGCCUGCAACGACUUCUUCCUGGAGUACAACGACAAGGGAGAGAAGAAGAAGUGAGCACGCCCCGCUGUGUGAAGACAUCCACUCUGCACAAACGCUCCAGGGAGGAAAUAGUUCGGACGGGAGAGAAGGACAUCCUGUCGUGGACUUCAGAAAUACACACACACACGUAUAAUAGUGACACAAGCAGUAAAUGUGUGGUGUUUGUGUAUUUGUCUGCAAUGUCCAAUCCAUUACUACCUGUAUUUACUGUGAAAUGAAAACCUGGAGAGUUUAAGUCAGUUGAUGAUCUGUCUUUUUUUUCUUUUCAUGUAUUUUGUAAUACAUUCAAGAAAAGGAAUUUCUCCCUGGAAAGAAUAAAUGUGAC